UUUUGGUUUUAUAGAUAUAUAGAUUUGAUCAAACACGAAAGAUGUUGCAAUUCCUGGAUUCCACACGAGCCGCCGAACGAGCUCGAUAGGGUUCCUUCCCGCGCGCACCCAGCCGCCGCCGCCUGCCAUCCAGCCGCAUCCACAACUCCGACGCUUCCUCCUCCCUCCGUCGCAUCCAAGGUCAGCGCCUCCGGCCACCGCUCGAAGCUCCGCCUCCAAGAUCCGACGGAAGCCUCUGCUUCAAGCUCCCCGACGCCGGCCCUUGCUCCAACCCCCACCUUCCCUUUGCUUCUCUGCUCCGUCACCGAUCGCUGCUGCUCUGCCGCUUCUCCCCGGACAUCCCCGGCCACUAUCGACAGUCACACGAGGCUGAGAAAACGGAGACCAAGCAGCUGAUUGAGGUAAUUGCAACUACGAAGCAGCCAUAUCACGAGGAGAAAGCAAGUUUUGGUUUAUUUCCACCUCUUUAACAAAGUUUUUUGGUUUGUCAAGUCUUGAUAGAGAUGGAUAUCGCGGUACGUUAUCUCGCCCUCUUAGUCUGUCACUACCUUGUCCUUUGAUGCUUGUGCCAUUUGCGUGAGAGGCGGUGUUAGGGUCCGGCUUUUGGUAGAAUGCUUGGGUGCCACUCCUUACCACUGAUAAUUGUGCACAUGACCAUGGCUGCGUAAGGUCUUGGGCGAUAGGGUGUGUGGUUGUGGUCAUUGUCUCUGAUCUUGUUUGUUGUUUUCUUUUGUCUCCAAUGAUCGAUGGUCGCCUUUUUUGUUAGAGGGCGAGAAGAUUAUUACCAAGUUUGAUGGUAUUCGUUUACGAAACACAAAUGAGGAUGGCAUUCUCCUAGUGACGAAUUUCCAGUUUCUUUUCAUGAGUAAAGAAACAAAAAGCAAGUUGGGUACCAUCCCUCUUACUACAGUUGAGCAAAUAAAGGAACAGGAUGUACGGUCUUUUGAAAUAAUCGGUUACGAUAUGAGAAUGCUGGUGUUUGAUUUGAAAUCUGAACAAAAGCAAGAGCUGAGUAAGAUGGUGGAAUAUUUGACAAGAUGCGCCAAACCUUCACGUUUGGUUGAUCUUUUUGCAUUUGCACUUAAUUCCACUCCACCAGCCGUUGCUAAUCGAACCAGUCCCAGUAUGCGGCUGUUGAAAGAAUAUCAACGCAUUUUUUGUAAAUGGUUUCCUCCGGGCACCGGUUUCGAAAUUCAAAAGAGUUUAGAGGAUAAAUGGUGGAGGGUAACUGAAGUCAAUUCUGAUUAUUCCUUAUGUUCAACCUAUCCAUCUCACCUGAUAGUCCCACGCACCAUAAGUGAUGAAGAGCUACAAGAAAUGUCUACCAGCCGAGCUCUUAGUCGCUUCCCUGUUAUUUCCUGGUGUGAUUUUGCAUCUGGAGCCGUCCUGGCAAGGUCUUCUCAGCACAUGGGAAUCAAGAAUCUUAAGAAUAGGUAUGAGGAUGAAAAACUUGUAUCUGCCCUUUGCACUCCAGGAAUUCAUCGCACAGACCUUAUAAGGAAACUAUACAUAGUUGAUGCCCGGCCAGGGGUCAGCGAUGUAGGAAAUGGUAGGGGAUCAGAGUCAGUUUGUUCCUAUCCGAAAUCUGAGGUUGUCUAUCUUGGAAUUGAAGAUAUAUAUGAAAUGAGAGCUAGUUUUUCAUCUCUCCGGAAGUAUGUUGAUACUUAUGGAUCAAUUUCAUCAAAUAGACCCCCUUCAGCUGGAUCUGUCAUUGGAGACCUGGUAAAUCAUGGCUUAGCCUGGGGCGGCGGAAUUAUAAAUAGCAUGACAAUUUUUUCUAUUCGGGAGGAAUGGCUAAAUCAUAUUCAUAUUAUCCUCAUUGGUGGUUCAUGGAUUGCUGAAAAAAUUGCCCAUGAAUCAGCUUCAGUUCUAGUGCAUUGCAGUGAUGGCUGGGACAGAACAACACAGUUAGUUGGACUUGCUGCGCUCCUGCUUGAUCCGUAUUAUUGAACGUUCACUGGAUUUCAGGCGCUUGUGGAAAAAGAUUGGCUAGCUUUUGGCCAUCAAUUUGCAGAUAGGAUGGGUCUUCCAACAAUAGCUAUAGGAGGCCGGCCUGCAAAUCCUUCGGUUAAAUCUCAGCCAUCAGAUAAUAAAACUUCACCAGUACUGUUGCAGGUAGUCUACUCGCUAUUUUUGUAUUAAUAUAAGAAUUUCGCUUGCAUUGAGUUGCACAUAUUGAGCCAUGGUUAAAGGCUGAAAUUUAGGAUUAGGUUGCAACAUGCCCCUCACAAAUUAUGCAUGCCAAGAGGUAUUUAUUUUUAUAACAAAAUAAUGCUCAUUGACGGUUUGAUAUGCUGUUUUUUUACCAAUGGGGUUGAGCAUUUCAAAACAACAAUGCGGUGAUGGGCUUGUCCACUUGAAUCGGAAGUUGGUGUUCGAGAAAGCAAAUAUAUUGAAGUGGUGAAGGAUGCUGAAUCGUUGAGCUCCAAAUAAUGUUAGCAGAAGAGAACAUGACGUGGUCAAGCCAAGUGGAAGAAGAAAAUAGUACAGACCAUGGGCUCUGGUAUUAUGACUAGGUGUAGUACACAGCUGCACGAAAUGGGAAAGCCGACUGUUUCGAUUGACCGACGUCAGUUGUGUAGUCUUGGUUAGCUGAUGUCGGCAUUAGAAGGAUAUCCCAACAUGACAGAUGUUUCGUGGCCUGUAGGGACUAGGGAGACUAUUGUCAUUACUUUCCUCUUUGGAUGCCCACUUACUUGCACUGUCUUGGCUACAUUGCUUGGAGCUGGUGCUAAGUGAGCUGUUAUAGCACGGAGUCGUGUGUUAUGCCUUCCUUA